AUGACCGACCCAAAAGGCCAACAGACUGGCGCUCACGGCCCAGGAAGUCCUGAGGCCCAAAUCGCCAUUCCCCAGAUCGUCAUUCAGCCAGCCAACAACAGCGAUGAGAUCUCUCCAAUUGCCCAUCACCUGGCCCAGAGAGGGCGCCCCAUUCCCCCUUCCGACCGCAACUUUCUCGAGGUCCCGAGGCCCUCACGGCAGAGCAACCGGCGUGCCUCCUCCCAUCGGCGUAGCUCCUCUAAAUCUCGCCGCCCAUUUGGUCCCGGGAACCUCCCCCUCUCACUGACGGGACCAGUCGAGGCCUUCCAUGUGCCGAUCGACCCUCUCCGAAUGCACCCCACCGGCCUCACCAACUCUUCAACAUCGCCGGCCGCAACGGCCACAGAUAACCCCCCGGGUUUGCGCUUCGACGGCAACCCGUUUACCCCGCAUGGAAGGGAGGUCAUGGCAAAGGUCGAGAAGAUGCUUGCCGCCAACAAGGAGCUGAAGCCAGAGCCCGAGGGUUUCAAGUUUUCGCACCUUCUGGAGUCAAGCUUCUACAAGAAGCUCACAUCCCCCACCCGCUUGUUCUCCAAGAGCAAGCCCAAGCAGCCCAUCAAGCCGCACCAGAUCCGGCACGUCGUGAGCCUGGAGCCGCUGCCCACCCCCGACGAGAUCCCACGCGUCCCCAGCCCCCGCCUGCGCCAAAACGAGCGCAUCAACGUGCAGAAGCGGGAGAAGGCCCUGCAGGUGCUGGGAGAGACCCCGCAGUUCGGCGCCGUCCCCGCCUCCGACCCCGCCCGAUCGCCGCCGUCCUCGGCCGAGGAUCCCUUUGCGGAGUCGUCCUCGCGCGGCGCCACCCGGGCGCCCACGGCGUUCGAGACCCGGCUCCGCACCACCAAGUCCGCGGGCGCCCUUUUGUCGGGGCCCACGGCCGACCCGUUCCAAACGGAACGGAAAGCCCGACAAGGCCCCCGGACCACCACCACCGGCACCGCAACCACCACUAACGCCAGAACGGCCACAUCGGGGUCAUUCUCUCAAGGGCGGUCCGCGCCCGUCCGAAGGAAGAAAAUUUCCACUUGGAACCCGGUGCCCAGCGCCCGUCCCGAGCAACGACACGCUCGCCCCUGUGCCGACGCGGGCUCGGAACCAAGAUGCGGAGAGCUGCACGUCGGCGCCGCUGCGGCAGCCGCCACCAACACCACCACGCCUACCGCCGCCGACAACGUCGCUGGUGCUGUCGUUGCUGGUGCUGCUGACGAGGGGGGGUCUGGUGCCGUCGAGAGAGUCGCUGGUGUCGUGCCGCGGUUGGCGCUGUCGCUGCGGUGGGUGAGUAGCGGGCGGCGGCGGGGGUGGGUGUGGGCGGAGGAGGAGGAGAGGAAGGAGGGAGGGGAGGGAGAGGAAGAGUUGCCGUGGUGGGAGGAGGAUGGGGCGGGGCCCGAGGAAGAAGAGGGGAGAGGGAGGAGGAGAGCUGCGGGGGGUGUUGGGCGCCGUGGGCGCCAGGUGAGAGUGCGGGUGCAACGCUGCCGGUGCGAGCGAGGGGGUCGGUUGGGAGCGUGGGUGGUGUGGGUGGGCAGCUGGAAAGCGUCACCCGACACCGGCGCCCGCCGAACCUCGGCUGCGCUGCACCAGGCAGCUGUGGGACCGGUUCCCCCGGCUUGCGGCCGCGGGGGUGGCGGAGAGAGGAGGCGUCUGCCGGGCCCUCUGCGGGGUCUGGGGAGGAGGGUGCCUCGGAGGGGGGGCCGGUCCCGCUUGUUCGGGACCGGGCCGCCUCCGAGGGCGAGGAAGAUGGCGAACGGGGGGAGGGCGAGGGGGAGGAGGGGACAGUGA